CAGCGAUGAUAUAUCCGUUCACUUGCUCGCCGAACGUCGAGGUCUCGAGUCGUUUUCGAUCGUACACCGUGACCGGUUUGCCUACGAUCCAUAUCCAUCUUUGCGAAGGGCAUCCUUGCCGUUACAGCCUGCAUUCGCCACAACCUAGUGGCGUGCUUCGAUCGACAGUUGGAGCUAAAAAAUCCUUCGCUCCACGGGAAUCAACGUUUGUCAAGCAGCCUUUCGCACGAACCCGCUAAUCAACAAUGGCAUCGAGACUUCGAAAGUUCGGCGUGACAGCAGCCGGUAUCGCGAUCGGUGCCGCCCUGUCCACCUAUGCCCUGCAGCACAAAGAUACGCCCCAGUAUCAGGUUCAAAUGGAGGAAAUGCAACGUAUUCGACGUAAGCGAACGCUGCCUUCACGAUCGGAACAGAUCAAGGCGCUGCAGAGCGACGAAGAGUACGAUGUGCUGAUCAUCGGUGGGGGAGCCACUGGCGCAGGCUGUGCACUGGAUUCGGUCACGCGCGGUCUAAAAACCGCCCUGGUCGAAGCGGACGACUUCGCCAGCGGUACCUCGUCACGAUCUACCAAGCUGAUCCAUGGUGGUGUGCGAUAUCUGCAGAAAGCCAUUCUCGGUUUGGACAUUGAACAGUACCGGAUGGUCAAAGAAGCUCUGCACGAGCGCGCCUCAAUGUUGCGAUCGGCGCCACAUCUGACCAGACCACUGCCGAUCAUGCUUCCCGUUUACACCUGGUGGCAAAUUCCGUACUUCUGGGUCGGUAUUAAGGCGUACGAUUUCGUUGCUGGCGAUCGUAACGUGAAAAGCUCGUACUAUCUGUCACGCGCCGAUGCACUGGAACUGUUUCCUAUGCUGCGCGGCGAUAAACUGUGCGGAGCUAUCGUGUACUACGACGGACAGCAGGAUGACGCACGCAUGAAUCUGGCCAUCGCACUGACCGCGGCACGCCAUGGCGCUGCCAUCACGAAUCACGUCGAGGUGUUGGAGCUGCUGAAGAAAAAGGGCGACGAUGGUAAGGAUGUGCUGUGUGGCGCCAAGGUCCGCGAUAAUAUUAGCAAAAAGGAGUGGACGAUCAAGGCAAAGUGUAUCAUCAACGCUACCGGUCCGUUUACGGACUCGAUCCGCAAAAUGGAUAACCCGACGGUAAAGGAAAUCUGCUGCCCGAGCUCGGGCGUGCAUAUUGUGCUGCCGGGAUACUACAGCCCACAGCAGAUGGGUCUGCUCGAUCCGGACACUUCGGACGGUCGCGUUAUCUUCUUCCUGCCCUGGCUGAACGGCACGAUCGCCGGUACUACGGACUCGCCGUGCGAUGUAACGCGCACCCCCACGCCCACCGAGGACGAGAUCCAGUUCAUUCUGAGCGAAAUCAAGAACUAUCUCAACAAGGACGUUGACGUUCGUCGUGGUGAUGUGCUGUCGGCGUGGAGUGGCAUCCGACCGCUGGUGUCCGAUCCGAACAAGGAGGACACGCAAUCGCUGGCUCGCAACCACAUCGUGCACGUGAGCGACUCGAAGCUGAUCACGAUUGCCGGUGGCAAGUGGACGACGUUCCGAGCGAUGGCCGAGCACACGAUCGAUGCUGCCAUCAAGGCGUGCAACCUGAAGCCCGAGCGCGGUUGUGUCACCGAUGGGCUGUGGAUUGAGGGUGCCCAGGGAUGGACACCGACGAUGUACAUCCGCUUGGUGCAGGAUUUGGGUCUGGAGGUAGAGGUAGCCAAACAUCUGGCCAUAUCGUACGGCGAUCGUGCGUUUGCCGUGGCCAAGCUGGCUACGCUGACUGGCAAGCGUUGGCCCAUCAUCGGCAAGAAGCUGCAUCCGGAAUUCCCGUACAUUGAUGCGGAGGUACGCUACGGCAUUCGCGAGUAUGCCUGCACUUGCGUGGACAUGAUUUCGCGCCGUUUGCGACUGUCGUUCCUGAAUGUGCAGGCCGCUAUCGAGGCCCUCCCCAUGAUUGCAGACAUCAUGGCGGAGGAGCUAAAGUGGUCAAAGGACGAAAAGGAACGUCAGAUAAAGCAGUGCGAACACUUCCUGCAGACGCAGAUGGGCCACCAAGCUAACCGCACACUGAAGGAGAAGGUACCGAUCAAUCUCUCCAAGCAGGAGGUCGACAUGUACGUGAAGCGCUUCGAAACGAUCGACAAGGAAAAGAAGGGCUACGUGUCUAUCACCGACAUUAAGCGCGCAAUGAAGUCGUUCGGCGAUGCGGAGGUCAGUGGCGAAGAACUGCACGACAUUCUCAAGGAAAUCGACACCAACAUGAACGGACAGGUCGAGCUGGAGGAGUACCUACAGAUGAUGUCGGCAAUCAAGUCCGGAUUUGUAUCGCACUCGCGGUUUGCUGCGGUGGCGGAACAGGAAGAAAUCCGCAAGGAGCAGGAACGUCUCAAGAAGCAGAUCACCAUCGAGCGAUCUGGAGCCACUCAACGAAAGUCAAACUAAAACUCUGCGCGUUUGUGUCUUCAAACUGCCGCCACUAAAGCAUGUCCUCUACCUGUUUAAUCCACCUACAUUUGCACUCAAUGCGCAUUUGUGUGAACACCGUUGUGCAUUUGCGAGGCUAGAAACCAAAGCUCCCAAAGCAUAUACACUCACCAAGAAACCUCCUAUUUGUAUCCCGUUGUUGUUAAUAUGAUUGCAUUUUUGCGCAUCGUAUGCAGUUGUGUAUCUGUAAAAGCUGUCCAACUGUCGCUGUUCGCUUGCCAAGCGAAUGGAACGGCGGGCAGUGUAUUGCUAACCAGACCCUGCGUGCUGAUAGUAAAUCGAGUAACUUAUUCUAUUUUGUAAGAUCAUACCAAUGUACAUAUAAUUGUUGUAAGUCACAGCGCAUUGUAAGUGUAAUUACCACUCUCGGAUUGUUUACUGUUUGGAGAAGUUUUCUGGAAGUUCAACCAAAUGAACGCGAACCUCCGAAAGAUAGAUAAAAUGAAGAAAUCGUACAAAAACGAACAAACACACCAAGAGAGCAUUAUAAAAAAUUUAAGCACUGUCUCCAUUGCUCUUUGCUCAUUGGUGGUGGAGAUUUGAUGUUUCUUUGAUGUUCUGUUAAAUCCAACGCGAUCGAUUUUUAAACGCCAAUAGGACA